AUGAGACCUUCAUAUUCUGAUGUGCUGGCAAAGUCCGUACCUCCGCUUACCCCUCCCCUCACAUCUCCAAAACCCCCACCAUUCAGUGGAACAACAACCAAGAGUGAGGGAAGGAAGCAAAACUCUAAAAGUGGAAAAGGAGGUAACACUCAAAACAAUAGUGAAGACCAGACAAAGGCUAAUGUGAGGCGAUGGAUCUCCUUGGAGGAUCUCACACCUCCUCAGAGCAGUGAGGAGAAUUCAUUCAUAGAUUACGAAGCUUAUAUAGAUGAGAGUAUUGGGAGUGGUUCAGACAACUGCAUGCAACCAACACCUGGAGAAACUAAAAAAGAGAAGAAGCAAAAGAAAAAAGUAAAACCAUCAGAAGAGAAGUGUGAGGCCUUGAAUAAUCAUAAAACGGCAGGAGGAACUCAAGGUGGUAAUAAACGUCCACUUCAUAUUAAUAACAAUCUACAGGGUAAAACAACAGGUUCGGAGAAAAAUGUUACGAAGAAUGCUUCUAAGAAUAGUCGUUCUGCUCAAGAAGAAAGCAAGAAAGGUACUUUAAUUUAAAGUAAAAUAUGGCAG